UGCCCGCGGCCUGGCCCGAGAGCAGCUGCCCGCACCCGCUCGAGGAGAUCCAGGCGCCCAAGGCCCGCCCAGCCGCGGGGCGCAGCCAUGUCGCCGCAUGUGCCGAAGCCCGCCGCUCCGCGGGGCGACGACCCCGCGCUGAUAGCCGUGGCCAAGCUCCUCGCGGACUGCGGCCUCCAGAGGGCGGCGGACGCGCUCCGCGAGGACCUCGCGCGGCCCGAGGACGAGCGCGAGGGCGCGGCCGAGGAGGCGCUGCGGGGGGAGGCCAUCGCCUCGCGGCUCCAGGAGCUCGCGGCCGCGUUGGCGCCGCGGGGCGCCGCUGAGUGCCGUCCAGAGCCGUCGGAGUGCGGCGGCUCGUCCUGCCAUGUCGGCGGGCCAGUGCCGUCGUCGACGUGCGGCAGCAGCGCGGACCUGCGGGUCGAGGACCCGCUGACCGGGGCCGGCUCUGGGCUACAGAGCGAGGACCUGUUCUUCUCGCUCACGCAAGUGGAAGACUUCCACUCUGGCGACGAGGAUGCGGCCGUGACGCGUUUCGUGCAGUUUGUCUUCGCCGCCGUGGCGGUCAUGAUGAUGGUGACUUGCUGCGGGAGGUGCAGCGACGAGGGCGCGGGCGCCUCGGAGCUGCGGCGCAUGGAGCGCCUAGAGUCGCGCGGCAGACAGGUGAUGUUCGGCCUCCACGGCCGGGGGCAGGGCGCCAGACCGCAGGCCGGGGAGAUCGAGGCCUGCGGCCAGGUGGCCGACUUACCCGCGAGGAGGCCCCCGCCGGGGACCUACGCACCGCUGGCGAAGAAGAUGGGGAGCAACAACGGGCAGCUGGACUGA